UGCUGCCUCCAAAGUCCUCUCUGAAGGCUUCCAGAGACAGCUGUGUCCACAGCUCAGUGCUGGGAUCUCAGAGUUUCCCAUGGAUUAAUGCCCGAGCAGAGCAUUCGCAUCAUUCCCGGAGGCUUUGCAGGGAAUUCAGAUCCAGAUUUAUGGAUGGAAUUAGAGGAAGGUGAGGAUUUGCCCCCAGCUGUGCUCUUGUGAAGGCUCUGCGGCUCCUGUGCUGACUGCAGUCACCUCAAUCCCUGUCAAUGAGAGCACUGUUUGCACCAGAGUUUCACCUUAAAUAAGAAAACUUCAGACCCCUGUGAUGACAUCAGACAUCCUUUGAGGGAUAUGAGGAAGUUCCUGAAGAUUGAAAAGAAGGUGGGAGAGAACCAAAGAAACUCCUGACAGAUAAUACUGUGCUUCUUCAGAGAUCAAGAUAUUUUCAAGGCAGCCUGUGUCUCCUGAGCGCAGGCCCCUGAGAUGUCUCUGAGAGCAGAAAGCCAUGCAGCCGCAUCCACGCUGAAGAAGCUCGCUGCAGACAUGAGCAACAUCAUCGAGAGCCUGGACACCAGGGAGCUCCAUGUGGAGGGGGAGGAGGUGGACUCGGAGGUGCUCACUGACCCCAAAGGCACCGUGUGCAUUCCCUUCUCUGCCAUCUACCACACCCAUGGGUUCAAAGAGCCAGGCACGCAGACGUACCUCACGGGAUGUCCUGUCCGAGUGCGUGUGUUGGAAGUUGAACGCUUCACUUCCACUAAGAAGGUACCAAGCCCCAAUGUUUACACCAUCGAGCUGACCCAUGGAGAGUUCGUCUGGCAUGUGAAAAGGAAGUUCAAGCACUUCCAGGAGUUUCACAGGGAGCUGCUGAGGUACAAAGCCUUCGUGCGCAUCCCUAUCCCCACCAGGAGUCACACGGUGAGAAGACAAUCCAUCAAAAGGGGAGAGCCGAGGCAGAUGCCGAGUCUGCCGCACACCGCAGAGAGCACGAUGCGGGAGGAGCACUUCUCCAGCAGGAGGAAACAGCUGGAGGACUACUUGACAGAUAUCCUGAAAAUGCCAAUGUACAGGAACUACCAUGGAACAAUGGAGUUUGUUGGAGUAAGCCAGCUGUCAUUCAUCCAUGACCUGGGACCAAAGGGCAUAGAAGGGUUCAUCAUGAAACGCUCCGGGGGCCACCGCAUUCCUGGCCUGAACUGCUGUGGCCAAGGGAGGAUGUGCUACCGCUGGUCCAAAAGGUGGCUGGUGGUGAAGGACUCGUUCCUCAUGUACAUGAAGCCUGAUUCAGGGGCCAUUUCCUUUGUCCUGCUGGUUGAUAAGGAAUUCAGCAUCAAGAUAGGCCAGAAAGAAACAGAAACUAAAUACGGGUUGCAGAUUGACAAUCUCUCCAGGUCAUUGAUUCUGAAGUGUAACAGCUACAGACAUGCCCAGUGGUGGAGGCAGGGCAUAGACGAGUUCAUCCGGAAACACGGCAAGGACUUUCUGACAGAGCAUCGCUUCGGCUCCUACGCGGCCGUGCAGGAGAACACCCUGGCCAAGUGGUAUGUCAAUGCCAAGUGGUACUUUGAAGACGUUGCAAAUGCCAUGGAAGCUGCCAAGGAAGAAAUUUUCAUCACAGAUUGGUGGCUGAGCCCAGAAAUCUUCAUGAAGCGACCGGUGGUGGAAGGGAAUCGCUGGCGGCUGGACUGCAUCCUCAAGAGGAAAGCGCAACAAGGAGUGAGAAUUUUUGUUAUGCUGUACAAAGAGGUGGAGCUUGCCCUGGGGAUCAACAGUGAAUACAGCAAGCGGACACUCAUGCACCUCCAUCCAAACAUCAAGGUGAUGAGGCACCCAGACCACGUGUCCUCCUCCGUGUACCUGUGGGCCCACCACGAGAAGCUGGUGAUUGUUGACCAGUCCGUGGCGUUUGUGGGCGGCAUUGACCUGGCGUACGGGCGCUGGGACGACGACGAGCACCGCCUGACCGACGUGGGCAGCGUCAAGCGCGCCAGCGCCGUCAAGUCCGUGUCCACCGCCAACCUGGCAUCUGCAGCGGAGUCAACUGAACGUAUCCCACUUCAGCCUCAAGCUCUGGCCCCAGAGAGCCACUUGUUCGAGAGAAAUGCUGAUGAUGCCCCAGACACAUCAAAAAUGAAAGGAGUAGGAAAACCCAAAAAGUUUUCAAGGUUCAGCAUUUACAAGCACCUGCACAAGCACGGCAUGCACCAUGCUGACAGCGUCAGCAGCAUCGACAGUGAGUCAAGUUAUUCAAGCCCCACUAGGAGCCAUCCGAAUAUAAUCCAGAGUUUAAGGCCCCAUCUGAAAAUGUUCCAUCACCACAGUGAAUCCAAACAGGGGCUCACUGAGCCUCGGGAGGAUAAAGGAUCCAUCCGUAGCCUGAAGACAGGAGUUGGAGAGCUGCUUGGGGAAACCAGGUUCUGGCACGGAAAGGACUAUUGCAACUUUGUCUUUAAAGACUGGGUUCAACUCGACAAGCCUUUUGCUGACUUCAUUGACAGAUACACCACGCCGAGGAUGCCCUGGCAUGACAUCUCCUCCGUGGUGCACGGCAGAGCCGCGCGCGACGUCGCCCGGCACUUCAUCCAGCGCUGGAACUUCACCAAGAUUAUGAAACCCAAAUACCGGUCCCUGUCCUACCCAUUCCUGUUGCCAAAAUCUCAGCAAACUGCUAAUGAGUUGAAGUAUCAGGUGCCUGAGGCUGUUCCUGCCACAGUCCAGGUGAUCCGCUCUGCUGCUGACUGGUCUGCUGGCAUCAAGUACCACGAGGAGUCCAUCCACAAAGCCUACAUCAGUGUGAUAGAGAACAGCAAGCACUACAUCUACAUAGAGAACCAGUUUUUUAUUAGCUGUGCUGAUGACAAAAUUGUCUGGAACAAGAUCGGUGAUGCGAUUGCUCAGAGGAUUCUUAAAGCUCACAGGGAGAACAAGCGUUUCCGAGUGUACGUGGUGAUCCCGCUGCUGCCGGGCUUUGAAGGGGACAUCUCGACGGGCGGGGGGAACGCGCUGCAGGCCAUCAUGCACUUCAACUACAGGACCAUGUGCCGAGGCGAAAACUCCAUCCUGGGCCAGCUGAAGGCAGAGGUUGGAGAUAAGUGGAUAAACUACAUAUCAUUCUGUGGCCUUCGAACAUAUGCAGAGCUGCAAGGAAAACUGGUCACGGAGCUCAUCUACGUGCACAGCAAACUGCUCAUUGCUGAUGACAACACGGUUAUAAUUGGCUCUGCCAACAUCAACGACCGCAGCAUGCUGGGGAAGAGGGACAGCGAGAUGGCCAUCAUCGUGCAGGACAGCGACACCGUGCCCUCCGUCAUGGACGGCCAGGAGUACAGCGCCGGCCGCUUCGCGCAGUCCCUCCGCCUGCGCUGCUUCAGGGUUGUCCUUGGCGGCUCCGAUCUCAAUCCAGAACACCAGGAUCCUGUCUGUGACAAAUUCUUCAAGGAGGUGUGGAUCGCCACAGCAGCUCGCAAUGCCACCAUCUUUGAUAAAGUGUUUCGAUGCCUUCCCAGUGACGAGGUGAAUAAUUUAACCCAACUGCGUGAUUUCAUCAACAAGCCCAAAUUAGCAAAUGAUGAUCCUGCGAAAGCAGCAGAAGAAUUAAAAAAGAUUCGUGGGUUUUUAGUACAAUUCCCCUUUCGUUUUCUGGAGGAAGAAUACUUGCUUCCCUCUGUUGGAACAAAGGAGUCCAUGGUACCCAUGGAGGUUUGGACUUAAGAAGAUGCAGACUGCUUUACCUUUUAAAGUCUUGUUCUCAGGAGAGAAGUUAAUGAAAAAUACGGGAUUUUGGAAAGUGAAAGGAGACGAAAAGCUUCUCUACCAAGCUAAUGAGCCUUUUUGAAGGAUUUUGGUGGAGGAACUUGAAGCAAAUUGACACUAGCAGACAAGAGGAGCAGAAAAACUUGGAAAUGAUGGCAGAUGAAAGGCUGAACCUCUGGAGGAGUAACUUCUUCGGAUGUGUUCUGAGCAUCUAAAGGAUGCAGGCUACUUCCUAGGACAGGAACUGACUCCCAAUCGAUGUUGUCACCACUGCCAUCUGUAUCCUGUGGUUGAGUUCAUACUGUGAUCGUGCUGUGGCUGCACAGGAGUCCUGGGCUGCGUGUGCUGCUUCUCAGGCUUUGGGUGUCUGCACCUUGGCUCGCUGGAGUUCCCCAUCUCACCCGUCCCACAUGCCAUCAGAGCACGUUGUGCAGCCCUGCCACUCUCGGGAAGUGCCAUUUGCUGCUGCCUUGGGCUGUCCUGCAGCUUUCCAAGUGUAGGAGUUCACUUCUUAAAGGGAAACAGACUAACAAUCCUGUAUCAGAAUCAGCAUUUUGGUCUCUUCAUCCCUUUGGGGGAAAAAAAUCCUCUUCCUAUUGUAGCUGGAGCAAUCAACAGCCCUCAGGCUUGGCAGAGGGCAGUGUCAGUGGAGCUGGAGGUGCUGCUGGAGAUCACUGGAGUUUGCUGGCCUUUGCAGACACACAGCACGUCAGCUUGGUCCCACUGAGUGUGACUGUUGUCCUCAGGAGAGGACCAAGGUUCCAACUGAAGCCUGAGAUGUCCAGAGCUGGGGGAAACCAAGGCAUUGCCUGUAACAGGACUGAGACUCCAAAGCCAGCAUGAUCUGAACCAAGCUCAGCACUCUGCUUGUGAAUUUAUCUUGCAGCAUAUGCAUACAUUUUCAUUUCCAUCUCUUUCCCCCUAUUUAAAAGCAUGAAAGGCCAUUAGGCUGACAGAAUGCUCAGGCAGAGCUGGUUUUGUAGAUGAGGCGAAUGCAAGGGGGAAGGGGAGCAAGUGGCAAAGCCUUGUCUCUGCUCUGCUUUGUUCCUGAACCAGCAACAACCUUGAGGUCAGUCAUGCAGGACAUGUCUUCCCAAGCAGAGGUAAAACUCAGCAUGCACAUUCCUGUUUUCUGUUACUGUAAGAAGGUUUCCAAAGCUCUUCUGCACCUCCCUGUACAGAGAAGCAGCAGUUCGAUCCAACAUCCUGGGAAAAACACUACAGUUCCUAGGUUAGAACCUCGUGUGGUGGGCACCAGCCUGGGUCUUACCCCAUGCUUCAUCCUGCAAUGAGACCAUGUCUCCCAGUUUCAUGUCCAGCUCUGACCUGGGGUGUUCUGGCAGUCUGCAGUGCUGUGUCAGCUGCUGGGAAAAUGGAGCAUUAGAAAACACUUCAGGAGAGCUGGAUCUGGGGGAAUGGGAGGCUGAGCUCUUCUGCUGCCCCUGCAUCCAGGCAUCCCUUCCCAGGAUUAUACCUGUGCCCAACACUUGGUCAAAAGGCCCAGUGAACUGGUAUUUAUUUUAGUUCACAGAAGAGUUAAUUUUUUUCUUUUCUGGCUCUUCCAACAGUUUUUUAACUGGAAAAGAAUCCCACUGGUCACCUAUCUAUCCCCAAAACGUAGCUGGCAUGACAUUUCUGCUGAUUGCUUUCUGUGUUCAGACCUAUAAACAGGCACCAGCUUAUUCUGUACCUGUUGCAUCACCCAAACAGAGAACAAACCCCAGAUGUUCUUCCAAAUCUCAGCCCAUUCCUACAGCUUCCACUGUUUUACAUCUGUGUUUUGUAGGUGCAGUUGCCUUUUACUCUCGUUUCUGGCAUCUGUGGUGUGGUUCACCUUUGGGAAGUGCAUGUGCAGCAUUUUAUGUGAUUGAGUCUGGGGGGUUGAUGGUUUUACCUGGCAUGCUGUAAGCAAAUAUGUUCCCUUGAUUUUUUUCCUUGAAAGAAACUGACCCGGGGUCACCCCCCACAGAGCCAAAGCAAAGUGUGCCCUGACCAUUUACAAUCGAGAAAGAUCAAAGGUGUCCUGUGAUUUCACAUCAGUGCAGGUUCAGAGCUUUUCUCUCCUCAUAUUUUUAGCUGGUUUCUUUUGACUGAAGCUGCUGACUUCAAACAGUUACAGCCUGCCAGAGAAUCCUUGUCAGUCACACAGAUCCGUGUUCAGAGUCAGAAAGUGUUCAACCCCACCACCUAUACACUGAACCUUGAAGUGCAACACUCCUGUCACCUUCUAAGUGCUCUUAUUCUCCUCAUAUUCAUAUUAGCGAAGGCUUUUAUAAUUGUUAAAUUAGCCUUGCAUUGUCUUGCAAAGUGGUAGGUAGCUAUUGUUGGGGUAGGUAGUAAUUGUUGGGGCUCCCUAACUCCAGGGGUGUUAACUCCCCCUCUGCCAGGCUGCUUUGGGGAAGAACCACUCAGGUUCUGCAAUGCUCAGCCCACUGUGUGAUAGCUGCUGGUCCCCAGUGACACAGCAGAGCCAUGGAGGGAGAUGUAAUUGACUGGUUUGGUAUGAAAAGGUGCUACUUAAGAAGGUCUUUCAUUAUUGAGGUAGCAGACAGGCCUGGUGUUGGCUCUCUGGGAGGAGGUUCCCCUCUGUGGGAGCAGAGGCACUGCUGAUCAUCCCUUCCCUGUUGGUGCUGAGUUCCUGACACCAGGAAUUUGGUAACAUUCAAAUGAAAGCAAGGUGUGCACGGCAGCCUCGGCACAGGGAGGAGAUCCCAGCAUCCCCAGGGGUUUGUGGGGCCAAAGGUUCCCUGUGGAAGCAGCACUGCUCACCCCAAACAAACAGUAGGCUCCUGCUGAAGGCCCUGCUUAUUCACACCCUGGGCUGUGCUGUUUGGAGCUGGCUCCUUGGGUCCUGUCAGCUACAGGUUUGUUUCUUACAUUAAGAAGCCUGUGAAGUUGAACACCUUGAGAGAGUUGAUUUCUGCACCUGAACAAUCACUACUUCUUAGUCUGUCUAAGACUAAGCGUGGGCUGCAGUCUGGAGAGGGCCACCCACGAUACCCAGAGCUGGAACAGGUGAUGUGGAUUCAAGCACUGGCAACCCCAGAAACAUCAGCUGUUUCUUGUGGCAGUUAUUUAUUAGAACUGUAGGAAAUGAGAACUUCUCCCAGGCUCAGACUUUAUUUUGUAAUUCAGCCCAAGUAGAACACUUAUUUUACCUUUAAUUUAUUCCUUAACACGUUCCACUUUGAGAACUGACACUCCUUUCCUUAAAUUUUAAUAGUCUGCUCUUUUAAAAUAUGUAUUUUGUUGUAUAGAUAUUGGACUGGAUAAAUGUUUCACUGUAAAGUUAAUGCAUGAUUUUAAAAAUGAGGAGUAAAAUGUCAUCGUCUCCAAAAACUGUACUAAAAACAAUUUAAAGAACCACUCCAGUGCUCCAUGGAAGAGGUGAAGUGCUCAGCUUAGUUUUUGGUCUGUUUUUCCCCUGACUUGGUGUGAGCUUUGCUGCAUUAAACCCCAAACGCUCCAUUUUCGGUUUUUUUUUAUCAAAUUUCACAACAUGAUUUUGCAAUCCUGGUGCUGUCCCUGGGAGAACCUUAGUGCAGGUGUCACCUUGCUGGGACUCUUCCAUGAAUAAUUUACAAUAUCUUUAUUCCUUUCAAAGGAGCAUCCCUGUACAAUCAAGUGCAGAUGUGUUUUGCUGUUGUUAUUUCAGUGUAACGAGCCUCAAGCACUUGUAGCAAGGACAGUCAGGGGUUCUGUCUGGGCACAGAGCUGUGUUUGUGGAGACACUCCCAUACAAGUAUGAGAGUACUGUAGGAUAAUGCCAUUUCCCUCUCCUGCUGCAUAUGGAGCCCCAAAUCCAUUAUGGGCUAAGCUGACCCCUCUCACCAGCAGCAGAACCUUUCAUGGUGCAGUGCUGUGGUGGCCAAAGGGAAGAAAACCAGCGGUGUCCAGACCAGGAUAUGAGCAGACGCUGGCACCCCUUGGGUGCCCCACAAAGUGUGAACACACUGUCACAGCUUGUGGCACUCAUUCUGCAACUGGUUUCAAACAAGCAAUUGCUGCUGCACUGCUGAGAUCCUGCUGAAAUCAGGAGCUCUGCAGAAUCCUGCUUGAAACCCAGGGUGUAACUUCAUGGCAGUGAAUCAAGGCCAGCGUGUGAAUCUCAGUGUAUCAAAGUGGAGCCGCCCCACAAACCAUACAUUGACCACUGAAUGCAAUGAUCCUCUUGGGUUGUCACUUUUUUUUUUUCCUAUUUUCCUUUCCCUGCCUGCUUUCUUGUUGUAUUUUCCAGUAUUUGUGAUUAUUCUAUUUUUAACCUUCCAGUAUCUUUUCAUAGAAUCUGCUCUGUGUAAAUAAUUCCAACUUUCCUUAGUCCUGAUGCUAGGGAAGUGAGAAAAAGUGUCAAAAAGUCAGUUUUUCAAAUGUUGGGUUUUUUUUAAAAAUUAUGUCUCUAGCUAAACUAAUCCACAAAAGGAGAGCUUCCACUUGGGGUGUGAGCACAGGUCUGUGCGUCCCUCCCUUCCAUCAGUGCUGCUGUGACACUGAAUAUCCCUUCUGUGAAGGCUGCUGGAAUUGAGUUUUGUAUCCUUGUUCCUGCUAACAAUCGCUUUCCUUUCCACUCUGUUUGUAUCUGGUAAAUGAAUGUGUAUUAAUGGACUGAAAAUACAACCGAUCAUCA